AUCCCCCGCGACAAUCGCCACGAAUUCCCCCGCGCCGCGCCAUCCACACCCACACGCGCGCGCCGGCCAGCCUACGCUUUUCCCCUCCCCCCCUCCCCCGCAACGAGCCGCGGCGGAAGGAAGGAUGGGGAGCCUUGGCGGGGAGGAGGGGGCGAGGCCGGCUGCGGCGGCGGAGGGGGCGCGGAGGCCGAGGUUCCUGUGCCUGCACGGGUUCCGGACGAGCGGGGAGAUCAUGCGGAAGCAGGUGGUGGGGAAGUGGCCCGCCGACGUCACGGCGCGCCUCGACCUCGUCUUCGCCGACGCGCCGUUCCCCGCCGAGGGGAAGUCCGACGUCGAGGGCAUCUUCGACCCGCCCUACUACGAGUGGUUCCAGUUCGACAAGAAUUUUACAGAGUACAGGAAUUUCGACGAAUGCCUGAACUACAUCGAGGAAUUGAUGAUUAAAGAAGGGCCUUUUGAUGGACUGAUGGGUUUCUCUCAGGGCUCGAUUCUAUCUGGCGCCCUUCCGGGCCUCCAAGAACAAGGGUUGGCCCUGACUAGAGUUCCUAAGAUCAAGUACCUCAUAAUCAUAGGAGGCGCCAAGUUUCAGUCGCCGACGGUUGCCGAGAAGGCGUACGCCAAUAACAUCAAAUGCCCCUCGGUUCACUUCCUCGGUGACACUGACUUUCUGAAAACCCAUGGCGAAAAGCUUAUAGAAUCAUAUGUGGAUCCAUUCAUCAUACGUCAUCCAAAGGGCCACACUGUUCCAAGGCUUGAUGAGAAGAGUCUGGAAAUCAUGCUCCGUUUCCUCGAUAAGAUUGAGAAGGAGACAGCGCUCGAGCAUUCAUCCACUGAUGUUGACGAAAAGGAAAUGUACUUGUGAAGGGUAGAAGAUUAGUGUCCAGUCCAGAUACACACCAAAUUCAUACUAUAGACAAGCAUACUGUUGUACUUGUAUCCUCCUUAUUUAUGUGGUGGUACAAAGAGUUGAAAACUAUUGAAUAAUCACGCAAAAGAAUGGAUGUGUACUCUUUAAUUUGUCU